CCCGCCGCCCUUUCGGUCCAACAAUUUCUGCUUCUUGCUGAAUUUCCUGGAGCUAGACACGUCGCCAUUAUAAUGGUCCCGUCAGUGGAAGAAGUUUCUUCGUCUCUAGUGCGGGAAUAUCUGAGCAGGAAGGGUCUGAAAAGGACCAUUGCCUGUAUGGAUGAAGAACAUCCACGCACUCAGGCCAGUAUCAAUAACCGAUCACUGUUGAAGCAGUUUCUUAACAUUGAAGAUCUCUACAGAAAAAAUAAGGUUCAGAAAUCACCUCUGAAGACAUUAUUGGAAAUCAUUGUGAAGCAUCACAUUGAACGGUUACACCAUGAAACUAUCACCACAGGACACUCUCUCCAGAUAGUCCAAACCACUGGCUCAACAUCUGAUUACCCUGCAGGAACAUUAUCGAUGAUGAAUCAAACGAAAGCAGAUGAAAUUUCCCGAGCAUUUUGUGCUAGCAAACACACAGAACUGAGGUCUGAAGUAAGAGAAACAUCCGCUAUUCAGGUGACAAAUUUAUCAACGAUUUCUAAGAAAGAUAAACCCGCUUCCUUGAAUCCAAAUUAUUUCUUAAUUAACAAUACAGAUUAUCAAGAAGGCCAGUCACUGAUGCUUUCUAAACAGGAAAACAUCACCCAAAGUGAGGCAGAAAGAAACAGCUUAAUCGCUGGGGUCACCCAGAGAAGCAAAACUAGUCGUAUCAGACGAGGCUUGAUGGCUGGACCAAUACCUCAGGAAUCUAACAGAAAAAGGCAUAGUCAGAGGGUCGAAGUGCCCCAGCCAUUGUUCAUCAGGGAAGAGGAAAGCAGGGAGUCCCAGGAUGGACUUCAGUUGGCUGUCAAAAACACGUCCAGCUGGGAAGAAGAAAAUGUAGGGUUCAUUGGUUCAACAGAGGAAAACCAGAAUGAAAAGAGCUAUGGAAGAAAAGAACAAAGAACAUUGGAAACAAUAAAAGUAAAGACCAGACCGAAUGUCCUUGAGCUGAAUGUGUCAGAGAUGGAAUUAGAUGAUAUUGAUGACGGCGAUGGUCUACCAGAAGUGUCUCUUCAGAGAGUUGUUUCAAAGUUUAACUUUGCAGGCUGUCCGAUGGACCGACACACUGUCAUGGAAUUGAAAACUGUUCUUCUCGGGUCCAGCCUCAGUUGUUUUAGCACUGAGUGGAAGAAUCAAGGUUUCACAUUUUCUGAUGCAUGUGACCUCAGAUACGGAAUUGUUCAGAGAAAGGGUGGUCCUUGUGGAAUUUUGGCAUCAAUUCAGGCAUUUUUCCUUAAGAAGCUUCUGUUUGAAAACACAGAUAGCAAGGAUACUAUCCUUCAGAGGUUAAGACCUUCCAGCAGCACCAGAAGACAGUGUCUUGUUUCAGCUCUGGCUGACGUUUUGUGGAGGGCUGGGGAGGAAAAACAAGCCACAGUUGCAUUAAAUUCAGGAAGAAGCCAUUUCACCCCAGUUGGACACUGCAGUUCUGAAAGACUGCUUGAAAAGCUUUGUAUGUUUUCUGAACACCUUUUGAUCCAGAUGACGUGUUUCUCUGUGGAUAACAUCAAAGAUCUGCAGGUCAUUCUGGAGCAGCAUAUUGAGCAGUAUGAAACUGGGAUGUUAGGAUGCCUUCUGCUGACCAUCUCUGCUGUUCUCUCUCGAUCCAUUGAAAAAGUGAGAGAGGACAUGGACCUGCGUACAAACACACUGAUAGGCGCUCAUGGCUACUGCACUCAGGAGUUGGUGAACCUGUUGCUCUGCGGCAGAGCAGUUUCUAAUGUCUUUGAUAACGAUAUUGAGCUGGACUCGGGAAAUGGCGACAGGACUUUGCUCAAAGGAAUUAAGGACCAAUGCCAAGUCGGCCUUCUGUCCUUGUUUGAACAUUAUAACAUCUGUAAGGUGGGAGCUUACCUGAAGUCUCCCUAUUAUCCCGUCUGGGUGGUGUGCAGCGAAAGUCACUUUAGUGUGCUAUUCGGCCUGCAGAGGGAGCUGUUGAUCAAUCAGGACGAAGUCAUGGACUUUGACCUGUAUUAUUAUGAUGGGCUGGCCAAUCAACAGGAGGAAAUCCGCCUAACUGUUUCUGUCGGCAAAUUGUCUCAGAACCUUCAGGAAGAUGAUGCUGAUCUCGUUCCUCCACUUGAGCUAUGUAUCAGAACACGGUGGAAAGAUGCUUUAGUCAGCUGGAAUGAGACUGAACCAAUUCUCUGAGUAAUCAAGUUAUCUGUAAUAUUAAAUGAACAAUGGCUAUGUUCAGAUUGAACUAUUUUUAUAUUGUUUAUAUUUUAACUGUAAAAUGGCCUUUUUCCUUUUUAAAAAAUGUACUAAAUAGGAAAACACCUUGCACAUUAGAAAACAAGGUAUUUCGCGGAAAAUAAUGAAAUAAAAAUGUUUUGGUUAAUUAAAUCAAUACAGCUAAAGACGACUUGGCGACCGUCAGCAUUAGAAAACGGUUUUCUAAAUUGUACAUUUUGCCGUAACCAUUUUGCAUUACAAGCAUAUAUCUUAAUAUUUUAUCACCUUUAUUCCUAAAUGAGUUUAGUUUAUAACAAAGUUUUAUUCGCAAGGAACCAUGAAGGGUUUCAUUAAAAAACAAAAUCUGAUAUUAAACUUAAACCUAUAUGUAUAGUAAACUUUCUGUGACCUUUUACUAUUUAGCUAUGCUUUUAAAAUCGCAGGCUACUGCUUAUGCGUUGCACCACAGUUUUAUGUAUUUAAACUCUACUUUAGACAGAUAAUAAAACUAUAAUUUUCUCCACA